CAAACAGCAGGUCCUGGAUGGAGGAGAGAGAGGAAGAAACCAUGGGAGAGAUGGGUGGUAUUUCUGACACCGAUAGUGAUGAAACAGUAAUUGAGGGCUCAGUGGCUGAGAGUGCCCUGGAAGAAGAAGAAUUCUAUGCUGAAAGGUUAUCUUUAAUUGAUAGAGAUGUGGAAUCAACAACACAUAGUAAUUUUGCUACAGAACUGAAGAACAUAAACAGAGAAGAACCAUCGGCAGAGAGUCACCUUAUUUGUAAAAAGAGCACUUACACAGAAAUGCUGAAAUAUCCAGAGGAAAUUAUUUCGCAAUAUUCAGAGGAUGAAAAGGAAGAAUCUCAGUCUAUACUACAAGUUGGGCUAAUCUGUCCAGUCAUCUCUACAGAUGUUUGCCAGUCUGAUUGUCCAUCAGCUGCUACUGAACACAGUAUAGAUUUGAAGAUGGCUGGAUUUCUGGAGACAUCAGAGAAAAAUGUUCUGCAGAUAUUACAUGGGGAUGUUCCUUUAGAAACGUGUUCUGGUACAGAUACAGUAAAAGUAGGAGGAGAUUCGAUACCAAGAUGUUUGGAGAUAUCAGACAUUUUUCAGAGUAUCACAAUGACUAACAAGGAGGAUACGAUUGAAAAAAAUCUGUCUCCUGAAAUACGAAUAUGUAAUAUAACUAAAGGCAGAAGAAUGGCUGAAAUGUCUGACGUUAAAGAUGUGAGAGAGGCACUUGGUGAUUUUGACUCCCAAAUUAUGAGCCCUGUGGUGGUGGAUAUGCUGGAAUACUGGAAUGAUACUCAUUACAUGGAUGCUUCUGUAAAUGAGGAAAGCUGUGCCCGGCCAGUAGAGCUCACAGAUCUAAACUGCUUGACAGAAUCUUUUGCAGUUUGUGGUGACCAAGCAAUGGAAGAAGAAAGUGUACACAGCCCUGGAAAGAAACUGUUGGUGCCAGACCAAAGAGAUGAUUGCACACAAAUAACAGACACAAAUUUCAAGCCCACGUUUCAUUUGGAUAUACAUGAAGAAACAGAAAUUUCGUUGGUAACCAAGUUAUCAUGUAAUUCAGAGCAGCAGCUUGACUGUGACCCACAUAACUACAAAUUAGUCCUUUCAGAACAUCAGAGCAUCAGACCAGCUGUUUUAAAUGAAAUCAGUUCAUCUGAACAAACUAUCCAAGAGACUUCAUGUGCUUUAAGGAAAUCAGCCAGGAAAAGAGGAACCUUUAUUCCUGAUGGUUCAUAUGCUACUGUGGAUAGUUACAGAUUUCUGGAAGGAUUGUAUCAGAAGAAACAAAGGCAUAAGGCUCAGAAAAAACUUCCCUCUAAGAAUUCUGAGUAUGAUAUCUGAUUUGAUUAUGUCUAAUUUGAUUGUGGCUA